AUGUUCGCUCGGACCUUUUCUCGUGCUGUUCGCAGUUUUUCUACCGGUGCCAAAGUCGCAGUUCUUGGAGCUGCCGGAGGUAUCGGACAGCCUCUUUCCUUGUUGAUGAGCGUGUCCCCAUACGUUCAUGACCUUACCCUGUAUGAUCUUUUCAAUACCCCUGGUGUUGCUACGGAUCUUUCUCAUAUUAACAGUGUCUGCAAUGUGGAAGGCUAUACAGGACAAAGAUCCUUGAAACAAGUCUUGACUGGUGCAGAUGUUGUUCUCAUUGCUGCUGGUCUUUCUCGUAAACCUGGAAUGGUCCGAGAUGAUCUGCUGCUGGUGAACGCUGGUAUCGCAAUGGAACUUGCCAAGGCUUGUGCGACUUACUGUCCUCAGGCUUGUGCUCUUGUAAUUACAAAUCCUGUGAAUUCAACGGUUCCUAUAUUCUCUGAAGUAUAUAAAAAGAUGGGAGUUCAUGAUCCUCGCAAAAUCUUGGGAGUUACCAUCCUGGAUACAUUGCGAGCCUCCACUUUUAUCGGCCGUGAGCUCCACACAAAGGAAAAGAUCGAAGAUAUUCCUAUCGUGGGAGGUCACGCCGGCAAGACGAUUAUUCCCCUUUUCAGUCAGCUUCCCAACAACCAGAUGACGAUGAUUGAUAUUCCUGCGAUUACUCAUCGUAUCCAGUUCGGAGGAGAUGAAGUGGUCGUAGCGAAGGCCGGAAUGGGUUCUGCCACUCUGUCCAUGGCGUACGCUGGAGCCAUCUUCGCUGAGUCUGUGUUGAAGGGACUGAAGGGAGAGGAAGGCAUUGUUGAGCCUGCGUAUGUGGAGCAUGAGGUGUAUGGAUGCCCGUUCUUCGCUAGCCAAGUGGAACUUGGAAAGGACGGAGUGAAGAACUGUCUGCCGAUUCCCAAGACGAUUACAAAUGAGGAGGAAACGAAGAUUAAGGAAGCUAUUCCGAUUAUUCAGAAACAGAUCGCGAAUGGUAUCAAGUAUGUUGAUCAGAACUUCUAAGUGU